CCAAGGCUGGGCUGGCAACGGCAAAGGCGUCGGAACUCGCUGGAAGACUCGGCCCGGGGCUGCUCAACAGUUCGCAAAGUACGGGCUCGCGCCCGCGCGGCUCCGUCUGCGCCGGGGUGGCGCAGGGGUACGGGGGUCUCCGGGCUGCUGCACCCCGGGACUGUCCCGGACAUGCCCCGUACCCCCUGGCGGACGCCCGCGCGGCUCCACCGCUUGCGAUUCGGUGGGCUCUGAGCCUAGAGCGACCCUCACCCCAAUUUAUGACUUUGGGGUCCCCCAGCCCGAGAGGAACAGGCGAUCGGCUGGGGAGAGCCCCGAGAAUGGUAUGACGGGACGGUCAGCUUUGCUCGCCCCCCCCUCCAAUCUCUCGUCGUCUCGGUACCCUCCAGAAUGUAGCUGCUCUCUCCGCGUCCCCCCGGACUCCAGCUGCCUCCGCGACCUCUGGGUUCCAGCCGCCAACUCCUUGUCCCCAGGGAUCCCGCCGCCGUCCCCCCGUUGCCCGGACUCCAGCCGCCGUCUCUGUAUCCUCUGGACUUCAGCCGCCGUCUCUGUGCCCCCCGGACUCCAGUUUCGCGACCCCUUCAGCCUGCGCGCGCCGGGUACUCUAGCAACCGUUUCCGUGGGCCCCCUAGGAUUCACCCCCCGUUUCUGCGCCCCCCAAGCCCAGACGCCAGCCGCCGUCUCCACGCCACCGGGGAUCCAGCCCGAGUCGCUGAGCUUCCUCCGUCCCCCACACCCCCCACCCAGACUCCAGCCACGAUCUCCGCUCUCCCCGGGAUCCAGCUGUCGCGCCGGUGCCGGCAGCUGUCGCUCCACCGCGAGCCCCCGGUCCGCCCGAGCCUCGGCGGGGAGAUGAACGCGCAGCUGGACGGCCUGUCGGUGAGCUCGUCCUCCACCGGCUCGCUGGGCUCGGCGGCCGGGGCGGGCGGCGGCGGGGGCGCGGGGCUGCGGCUGCUGUCUGCCAACGUGCGCCAGCUGCACCAGGCGCUGACGGCGCUGCUGAGCGAGGCGGAGCGGGAGCAGUUCACGCACUGCCUGAACGCCUACCACGCGCGCCGCAACGUCUUCGACCUGGUGCGCACUCUGCGAGUCCUGCUGGACAGCCCGGUCAAGCGGCGCCUGCUGCCCAUGCUGCGGCUGGUCAUCCCGCGCUCGGAUCAGCUGCUCUUUGACCAAUACACGGCGGAGGGCCUCUACCUGCCCGCCAGUACCCCCUACAGGCAACCCUCUUGGGGCGGCCCCGACGGCGCGGGGCCCGGGGAGGUGCGCCUGGUGAGCCUGCGGCGAGCCAAGGCUCACGAGGGCUUGGGCUUCAGCAUCCGCGGGGGCUCGGAGCAUGGCGUGGGGAUCUAUGUGUCGCUGGUGGAGCCAGGCUCUCUGGCCGAAAAGGAAGGGUUGCGAGUUGGGGACCAGAUUCUGCGUGUCAACGACAAAUCCCUGGCCCGAGUGACCCACGCUGAGGCGGUCAAGGCUCUCAAGGGCUCCAAGAAGCUGGUGCUGUCCGUGUACUCAGCGGGGCGUGUCCCCGGAGGCUACGUCACCAACCACAUCUACACCUGGGUGGACCCCCAAGGCCGCAGCAUCUCCCCGCCCUCCGGCCUGCCCCAGCCCCACGGCAGUGCACUGAGACAGCGAGAGGGGGGCCGGAGGAGCACCCUGCACCUCCUGCAAGGCGGGGAUGAGAAAAAGGUAAACCUGGUGCUGGGGGAUGGACGUUCCCUGGGCCUCACCAUCCGAGGGGGAGCUGAGUACGGUCUGGGCAUUUACAUCACGGGUGUGGACCCGGACUCCGAAGCAGAGAGCAGUGGGCUCAAGGUGGGGGACCAGAUUCUGGAGGUGAAUGGACGGAGCUUCCUCAACAUCCUGCAUGAUGAGGCUGUCAAGCUGCUCAAGUCGUCCCAGCACCUCAUGCUGACGGUGAAGGAUGUUGGGAGGCUGCCCCAUGCUCGUACCACUGUGGACGAGACCAAGUGGAUUGCCAGUUCCCGGAUCGGGGAUACCACCACGAACUCAGCAGGGUUUCCUGGGGCUCCUAAGACCGAAGGGACAAAUAAGCUGGGAUUUUACAAGGGACCCGCCGGCUCGCAGGUGACGCUGAGCAGCCUGGGGAACCAGACCCGGGUGCUGCUGGAGGAGCAGGCGCGGCACCUGCUGACUGAGCCGGAGCGCGCCACCCUGGCCUACUACCUGGAAGAGUACCGCGGCGGCAGCGCGUCUGUGGAGGCCCUCGUCACGGCCCUGUUCCAGCUGCUCAACACUCACGCCAAGUUCUCCCUCCUCUCUGAGGUGAGAGGCACCAUCUCCCCCCAAGACCUGGAUCACUUCGACCACCUGGUGCUGAGGCGGGAGAUCGAGUGCAUGAAGGCGCGGCAGCCCCCCGGCCCCGGGGCGGGGGACACCUACUCCGUGGUCUCUUACAGCGACACCGGCUCGUCCACGGGCAGCCACGGCACCUCCACCACCGUCAGCUCGGCCAGGGAGCGGCUGCUGUGGCUUAUAGACCUGAUGGAGGGUGUGCAGCGAAGACGUGCUUGUGUUGCCGGCUUCUGGAUCCUCCCUCUCCCCCUCCCGUGGGCCCUCUUACAACUGCCAGCACCAUCAGUGAUUCUGAACGGGAGUUUGUGGGCAGCUGCUGUGUGCAUGGCCUUCGGCAGGAUGUUGUGGACGCGUGGACCUGCUCAUCUCUGUAUCCCUAAUACUCUGGACCUGGAGGAGACUGGUGAGGCCGUCCAGGGCAAUAGCAGCACUCUCCCAGAUGUCUCCCUGGAUGACGUCAAAUCCCCCGCCGAGGGGCUGCCCGGCUUCCAGCCGCCGCCCCCACCACCUCUGGGCCCCAGCCACGACGGUCUGCUCACCCAGCCCAGGAAGCCGGGCCCAGAGGACCUCCCGCCGCCUUCCUCCUCGUCCUCGCACUCUGGCAUUGUCUUCUCUGCUCCGCAGAGCUGCAGCCCUCCGGGGGGCACCGCGCCUGCCCCAGGGCCCCCCUCGACACAGGACCCUCCCUCCUCUCCCAUCUACGCCUCUGUCUCCCCAGCCAGCUCCGGCUCCAAGAGGCCCAUGGAUGCACACCUGGCCCUGGUCAACCAGCACCCCAUUGGCCCCUUCCCGAGAGUCCAGUCUCCCCCGCACCUGAAAAGCUCCGCUGCUGAGGCGGCCCCGCCCGGAGGCUGCCUUCCACCACCCUCCCCCUCUGGCCGCCCAGACCCGGCUGGCACGAACCAGCACUUUGUCAUGGUGGAGGUGCACCGCCCGGACAGCGAGCCCGACGUGAACGAAGUGAGGGCACUGCCCCAGACACGCACAGCCUCUACGCUCUCCCAGCUCUCAGACAGUGGACAGACCCUGAGCGAGGACAGUGGUGUGGAUGCCGGCGAGGCAGAGGCCAGCGGCCCAGGCCUCGGCAGGCAGAUGGCAUCUUUCAAGAGCAGGAGCAGCAAGGAACCACCUCGGAAUGAGAGGACCCCAGAGGGGGCCACCAAGCCGCCCGGACUGCUGGAACCCACCUCCACGCUGGUCCGCGUGACAAAGAGUGCGGCCACUCUGGGCAUCGCCAUUGAGGGGGGCGCCAACACCCGCCAGCCCCUGCCCAGGAUCGUCACAAUUCAGCGAGGUGGCUCAGCCCACAACUGUGGGAAGCUCAAGGUGGGCCACGUGAUCCUGGAGGUGAACGGGCUGACCCUCCGUGGCAAGGAGCACCGCGAGGCCGCGCGCAUCAUCGCAGAGGCCUUCAAGACCAAGGAGCGCAACUACAUCGACUUCCUGGUCACCGAGUUCAAUGUGAUGCUCUAGGGGCCGAGGCCUGCAGGCCUCCCAUCGCUGCCCAGCCCUCGGCCGCGGUCUCUCCUCCCUCCUGGCACCUUGAGGGGCUGGGGCUGCAUGGCCAUGGUCACAGGAAAACAUCCCCCCACUCCCUCCCGACCCACUGGUCCCAAACCCGGAGAAGAGAGUCGGGAGAGGCAAACAGACGUCAGGCCGGGAUCUGCCUGGUAUACAGUAGGCGCUCAAUACCAGUGUGGGCUGUGUGAAGAGGAGGGGCAGGCUACCUGUGUCUCGACAUGUUUACUGAGGCCUGCCAGGGCCUGUUACCCCAGGUUGGGUGGGGGGGGGGCAUCUGCUAGGACCUGCCCGAUCCCAGAUACCCCAGCCUUUGUCUGGAGUGAGGUCACAGGAGAAUUCGUGGACCUGGCCCCUAUUGGGGGCAGGCGCAUCUUGCAGGACCUUUAGUGCCACAAAUAAGCAUCAAGCACUAACCCCCCCCCAAACCUCCUUUCCUCCUAGUUCCUUACCCCUCACAGUAUUUAUUUAUUUCCCAAGGACCCAGCUUCCCACACACCCCAGUCUAUGCCAGAGGCCUUGCAGGCGACCAGCAACGUCAGUGUAUUUAUAUACAGAGCUUAUGACUUUAAUUUUUCAAUAAAGAGAUCUGAACAAGCUUA